CUGGUUUUGUAACAAUUUCCCCGCUGCCGGCCAAUGAGCAGCGUGGUGGUGAGUCACGUGGUGCCGUUUUAUAUAACACUUUGCUGAGACAAGACAGUUAUUAGGCGGCGCGGGGCGGCCGGCAUGGAGCUCACAGAGGAGCGGCAGGGGCCGGUGCGUGGUGGCACCGCGGCGGUGGCAGUCCCAGUUCUUUCCAGGCGUCACUCCUUGCUCCGUGUUCCCGGUCCCUAGACGCCUCUUCCCAGCGCGGUCCUUCUCCGUAUGGAUUCAUUUCAGAGUGAACAGAUGUUGAGCUUGCCCGCCGAGCUGGGCAGCAGCAACUUAGAGCUGGCGGAGCCGGUGGAGCGGGCAGCAUCAGCUGCCGGAGUAGACACCGGUCCCCACCCGGAGGAGGCUACAGAGUGCCCUGAACCUCUACCGACGCAGGAGCCAGAGCAAGAGCAGCCCCCAAGGAACUCGACGCUCCCGGAGUGCAAAGUCCUGCUCACACAGGCGGAUGCCUUGGCGUCAGGGGGGCGCCUCCGGGAAGCUCUCGAGGUGUACAGACAGCUCUCCGAGCGGCAGCUGCUGGUGGCGGAGCAGCUGGAGCAGCUGGCGCGCUGCCUGGCCAAGAGCAUCCCGCAAGACGAGGUACUGUUACCUGCGCCCUCGGCGAGUAGCGCGACAAGCUGCCCUGUGGCAGCGGAAGAGGCAGGGGCGGCCACGGCCACCGAAGUGUGGGAUGGCUUUAAGUGCCGGAAGUGUCAUGGAUUUCUGUCGGACCCCGUGUCCUUGUCGUGCGGCCACACCUUUUGUAAACUGUGUCUGGAACGUGGGCGGGCAGCCGAUCGGCGCUGUGCACUGUGCGGGGUCAAGCUCUCCACGUUGAUGGUGGCCUCUGGACGGGCGCGCGGGGCCCGGCGGGCCGGGCAGCAGGCGCCGUCGCCGCUACGGGUCAACGUGGUGCUGAGCGGCCUCCUGGGCAAGUUGUUCCCGGGCCCAGCACGGGCAUCGAAACUCCGGCACGAGGGCAACCGGCUGUACCGCGAGCGCCAGGUGGAGGCGGCUCUGCUGAAGUACAAUGAGGCAGUUAGGCUGGCUCCAAAUGAUCAUUUGCUCUACAGCAACCGUUCUCAAAUUUAUUUCACUUUGGAGUCUCAUGAGGAUGCACUGCAUGAUGCAGAAAUAGCAUGUAAGCUCCGCCCAAUGGGUUUUAAGGCACACUUCAGAAAAGCACAAGCCUUAGCCACCCUAGGCAAGGUGGAGGAAGCACUGAGAGAGUUUCUCUACUGCGUAUCCCUAGAUGGAAAGAACAAGAGAGCAAGAUCUGAAGCCCAAAGGCUUCUCCUUAGUUUCUUUUCACCAUCAUUCCCGGGGGAUUCUCAGGAACAUUCUCCCGAUAUCCUGAAGCUGUUGGCACCUCACCCUAGAUUAAAGGAACACGUAGAGUCAAUGGCUACUGAAGGCACCAGAAAUAAUCUACCCAAGUUGUCACAGGAAAAUCCAGAGCUCCCACAUUGUUCAAGUCAAGAGGAAGCAGUAGCCAGGGGAGAUGCCAGUAGUGUGAUGAAUACAGCUAACAUAAAGGAGGAUGGUCAACAAGACAACAUGAAAGAUGAGGAAGAGGAGGAAACGUGGGAUGCUGCUUCUCCAGAUGCUGCUUCUGUCAAGACAGGCAAAUGCCAAGAAAAGAAAAGGAAACAUUGCCAAAUUGAACCCCAGGAAGACUCAGAGGUGCCUAAUAAAGUCUCCAAGCAAGAUCCUUCCACUGACCAGGGGGCCAAAACUGCUGUCAAUGUUCCACUUGCAUCUUUUGACGCAUCUGACCUUGAAUGCUCCCUGUGUAUGAGAUUAUUCUAUGAGCCAGUCACAACACCUUGUGGGCACACCUUCUGUUUAAAAUGCCUUGAAAGAUGCCUAGAUCACAACGCAAAGUGUCCAUUGUGCAAAGAUGGUCUUUCACAGUGCUUGGCAUCAAGAAAAUACAGCAAAAAUGUAAUAAUGGAAGAGCUAAUAGCUAAAUUCCUUCCAGAAGAACUCAAGGAACGAAGGAGGCUUUAUGAAGAAGAAAUGGAAGAACUUUCCAACUUAAAUAAGAACGUGCCUAUUUUCGUGUGUACCAUGGCCUAUCCCACCGUACCUUGUCCCCUGCACAUCUUUGAGCCUUGUUACCGCCUGAUGAUUCGUAGAUGUAUCGAAACAGGCACAAGACAGUUUGGCAUGUGCCUUGGAGAUCCUGUCAAAGGGUUUGCAGAAUAUGGCUGCAUCCUAGAGAUCAGAAAUGUUCAAUUCUUUGCCGAUGGUCGCUCAGUGGUUGACAGCAUAGGCAAGAGGCGCUUCAAGGUGCUCCAUCAGGGCCAGCGGGAUGGCUACAACACAGCUGACAUUGAAUACAUUGAAGAUCAAAAGGUUCAUGGAGAGGAUUGUGCUGAACUCAUGGGAUUACAUAACUGUGUCUAUGAGCAAGCGGCAUCAUGGUUUCACUCACUCAAAUCAUCACUGAAGAAUCGGAUACUCAGUCACUUUGGUCCAAUGCCAGAGAAAGAUGCUGAUCCCCAGAUUAAUCCAAAUGGUCCAGCCUGGUGCUGGUGGACAUUGGCCGUUCUUCCUUUGGAAAGUCGCGCUCAACUCCCGUUCCUAGCAAUGAGAUCUUUAAAGGAUAGACUCAAUGGUAUUCGGCGAGUCCUGGCCUUCAUAUCCCGAAACCAAAACUAGUAAGAGUGGAUUGUUGAAGAGGAGCUCCCACCCUCCCUAUUGCCCUCGGGGAGUCUUCUUGUAAAUACUUCUAAUUGCAAUAACAUCUUAACAGAAGGGGUUAUCAAACAGAGACAUUACUCUGCUUUUGAUUACACAGAAAAAAAUCAAGUAGAAAGACCAAAAGAAUGUGACUCGUUUGGAACUUUCUGUCUUAAGAUGCUUCUUGACAUGCUGCACAACUACAUAAACAGCAGAGGUGUUUAAGAACCCAGGAAAAAAUUUAUUUUAACAAAAAUUUUUUUCUGAAGGUUUGCUUUAAUUUUUCUUUCUUUCAUAGACGAAUAACUAUGUGGUUGAAAUGUGAAGCAAAGAUACUAAUAAUGAAUCACGUUGCUGCAUUAUCUCACUGACUUGAGGUCUCAUUCCAAAUGGUUCAGGUUUUAUAGAGCAUUGUGUAAAAUAAUGUUCAUACUUCUAUCUGUUUUAAUAAUUUAUUUUUCGCACUACUGUAUCCUUUUUUCUACAUGUAUGUUUGUAACUAUUUAAGUGUACAUUACUGAAAAGUCCAUUGCUUUAUUUAUUGAUGUGGUUUACCAUGUACCUUGGGGGAAUAACAAUACUAGCAAUGCACAAUUUUUUGCUUUAAUCAGUUUUUACUACAGUAAUCCCAAUUUUGGGACUGUCUAUGUAUCUAUCCUGGUGGAUGUUUAAAAGAAUUUCCAAAUGAUGCUAGGGUCAUGUAUCUUCAUAGAAUCCACCUCUUUUACUUUGAAAUAAACAACAUGAAAUAGUUGAGUGAUUUAGCAAAGAUUAUGGUAGAUGACAGGGUGUAGUUAAAAAUUCAAUUUCUGGGUGUCACACAGAACAGGGCUGAAAGAGUUAUUGCUCUAGAAUUGGAGAGAUGAAUCAGAGGAUUGUCUUUUAUGAUAAUCUAUUAUGGGCAUUUAUUUCAGCAAUCUGAUUAGAAGUGUAUUUCUCCCCUGUGCAGUCAGGAAUGGGAUUUUAGGCAGGAUAAUAUUUAACCUGUCAGAGGAUAUGACUUUCAGUUUGGCAUAUCAUAGCCUUUCCCAACUAGCCUACAUAUCCCACCUCUUUUUUAAGGCUCUGAGGUUCAAGACCUGGGCUAGCAUGUGCUAAAAUACUUGAUGAAGGACUAUUAAUUAUUUAAAAUGUAAAGAAACCAGAUAGAGUAGAACCUUUAAAAAACUUUUUUAAAGAGCCUAGCAAUUCAUGACUUUGUUAUCUAAACACUGCCUUUCUUCCUAGUUACAAUGGGCCACAGUUUUCAAGCUAGGGGGAGAAAAAGGGAUGAGGAGGUUAGGAGUAAGCAUUGUUCAGCUUGCUUAACACUAGUUUGAUUCCUUGGUGUCAGAAGAACUUAAAAAAAUACCAUGAGUAUGGGACUAUUAUGAUGGAGUGAAAGAUUAGGGCUGGAAAGAAGUGAGUUGUCGCAUUCAUACCUUCAAGCAAGUUGUCCCCUCUAUGUAAUUUUGAACAACUGUGGUGCAUUAUUCACUCGGUCUGCCCACUGGAUUAAGAUGAGAGGGUAAUGCUCUCAUCUUACCCUCUCUCAGGUAAUGAGAGGGUAAAGUCACUAUGACUUCCAUCACCACCUAUGGCCAGAAAUGGGAAAGGGAGAAUGAAAUGAUCCAGAUAUUAUAAAAGAGAUUCAUGUAGGCAGAGACCAAAUGUUCUUCUGCACUUGUUUAAUGGAUGCUAUAUUGUCAAGAGCAUUACGUUACCAGGUUUGAUGUUUGGAGUAGACUGGGCUGGUGAAGAAUAUAUAUAUGGAAUGGAAGUAUACAUGUAGUAAAUGGCUCAAACAGACUCUGUAAGUCUCAGCAACAUAUUAGAGGCUCCUCCCUCCCACCUAAUGCCCAACCAGGUGGUCAUAACAUGGUCCUAGUACAUUAGUUUCCUGUUAUCUAGUGUGAACACAAUAAAGAAGGUCAUAUGGUUCACUACAUGCUAGAUAUGUUACUUUGGCAAGUGAUUUACCUUUAACUGAGCCUCAGUUUCCUCAUCUAUGAGAUGGUGAUGAUAAAUACUGCUGUGGGUUGUUAUGAACAUUAAAUGAGAUACUUCAAAAGUCACAUAGUGUAGUGCCUUGAUUAUGGAAGACAUUCAACAAAUUGUAGCUUUUAUUAGAUCAUUGAUAGUUACAAAAUGACAUUGAAGACCUACAUUUGCCUUUACAUGCACUCGCAUCACCUUUAAACUGGUAGAAUUUGCACUACUGGUUUUUGCACUAUAACUUGAUGAUGUGCAGCUAAUUUCUUUUGGUGUUAAGUCUGUUUGGGAAAGUGAAAAGACUGGAGAAUAAAUGAGGGUCAGAGGUAGGGACUAACACAGGCCAGCAAACAUUUUCUUGUUUCCAUAAGAGCUAAAGAGUAAUGUUGCUGGAGGUCUAGAAUUUCUGAUGGGAUGGAAGCCUUAAGUUCUAGCUCCAUGAGAAUUCCCUGUUCUCUAGGACAUAUUGAGAAGCUCACCCAUGCCAGGGUGAUUGGAUUUUACAAUCCAUGACUUAGUUCAUGGUAUUUAUUUAUGCCGUCCAAAACAACAGAUUCAAUAAAAAAGGCAUUGAAAACCUAUUGUGUUCCAGGUACUAACUGAGGUGAUGUCACUUAUUUGAGCUCAUUAAAUCUUUUGUUUCUCAGAGAGCAGUUAUUAUCUCUAUAUUAUGGAUGACAAAACUGAGGCUCAGCAAUAUUAAAUAAUUUGCCCAGAUAACAUGGUCAUCCAACAUUGCUUUGCAGACAAACAUUUUAAAUAGUUUGUGUUAUACACAAUUUUAUUUGACAGGCAUAGCAAUGCAUCACAAAAGCACCCCAAAAGCUCACAAUGGAAGUUGCCAGUAAGGUUAAAUGAAGUUACCCAAAGAAUCUCUGCUUAAUCUAAGUCAAGAAGGAAGUAGAUUUCUUCAUACAAUUCCAUAUCACAGAACAUAGAAUUCCAUAUCUUAGAAUGCCUCUUGAUAAGGGAAAUACCCAGCUCCAGCAAAUGAAGAUCUUGGCUAGGUAGAAUUGCACUUUACUUUCAGUAGCCUAGAUAUACAUUUAGGUUGUCCCACAGUAAGCUUCUGUUGCACAAGGCUAAUCCUUGGCUUUCUUUGAGACGUACUUGAACAAGGUAAUUAGCUGGACUUGGCCAUUUUAUUCCUUGUAAAUUGGUUUUGCUGUCCAGCUAGGAAAUGAGGAGUAUAUAUAGAAAAAUCUAGGCCUGAAGGAUAAGACUUCCCCCUUGGUAGAUAGUGCCACUUGUUGGGUUAGUAUUUCUGUCUAUCAUGACUGACCUAGUCUUUUCCUAGUAGGUUAUUUUAUGUCUGUCUGUCUGUAUGUGUACAUCUACACACAUACAUAUAUGUAUACUAGGUAGCAAGCAGACAUCAUGCCUUUCUGCUUUGUACCAUACUAUUGCUGCUAGCUAAUAACCAGCAAAAUGUAGAAAAUGAAAAAGGAAGAAACUAAUUUUUUGUAAACAACUUAGAGAAGAGUGCUUGCCCCUGACUUAGGGGGGCGGAGAAUUGACUAUUUCAACAGCUUGCCUUUUCUGACAGCCGACUGCUCUAGGCCAGUUCUGCUUUAGCAGCAGGGUCAAGUCAAGUCACUGCGUAUGUGGCGCUUCUAGCUCCAACAGUGGAGCUGGCCUAGGCUCAGAUAAUCCCCUGUGACUGGCCAUUGGAGUGGUAGAGCUCCUGAGGUUGGUUCACAGUACACAGAGGUCUCUUGCCAUCAACAGAUUGCAGACUGUUGAUGGACUACAAUCCACCGGGACUGUGUUCCUCGUGCCACCUCCAUUUCCAAGGUGAGAGUUUUAUUCAGGGACUCCUUCCUUGAGUUCCAAACUUGUUGACCUUGACUUCACAUCCAUUUCCACUCACCACGGCAGAAUCAUAGCAGAGGUGUGUGACAAAGAUAGGCAUGAAAGAUAGCCUGAGUACUGGAAAAAGGGCAGGUUUUUGGCCCAUCCUUGGGCCUGAGGAAUGAGGUUUUGAUUCAUGAUUGAAAACAGUUGUGAAAAGCAGCCAGCUGCAUGGACUUCACUUUGUGCCCCUUCCUGAGUGCAGAAGGGAAGGAAGGAAAAGGAGCCAUGUAAAAUGCACAUAUUCAAUUCAUUUUAGAAUGAUAGCUCCAUUUAUUACACUGUUUAACUAGCUAAUAAUCUGGAUUAUGCACAUCCAGAGGUAAAAUGAAGAAAUUUUCACUUACAAGUGGGUUUUUCCAAACAUGAUAAAUUAACCUCCAGAGAGAAGUGCCUGUGAUCUCUGUUCCUGGUGUCACUUUAAAGCUUUUGCUUUAUGACUCUGUAGCCCUUUAAAAACUUUUUGCAGCAAAUGUGAUGAACAGAAGUUUACAAAGCAACACUGUAGCUUGUGAAUUGUUUUAAAAGUCAAUUAACAUUCAUCUAUUGUCACAAUGACAAUAAACCACAAUGAAAUAAAAGGAGAGCAAAAAGUUCAGUGUGGCACAGUUGGCUUAUCUUAGAUCAAUUAGUUCCAUCAUUGUACGCAGUUUCAAAUAUCAAGCAAGCCACUUAGUGGCGAAUGUGUAUGUGUGUUUGAUUUCCAUUUGUUUGUGAAGCAGCCAUUUUACUCUUGCACUGUAAUAAAUUGAAGGGAAAUUAAGAUAAUGCUCCCCCCUAUUGCUAUUCAACUACCUCUAUAUGCUUGAUUUCUUUUUAGGGGUUCCCUUCUUCCAAAUCUGUACAAAAAAGUUUCAGCUCAUUUGUGUUGUAAGAGCAAUGUGACAUAGACAGUCUCUGUGAAAGUUGUUUAUUCAUUAAAAAAGGUUUCCUAUUGUCUCA